UUUUUUUUUUUAUUAUUUUAAAGUCAACCAAACUAUUCAUUUUCAUAUUCUUAUCUAUUAUUCAUAAAUCUGUUCUGUUCUCUUGCGUGUUUAUUAUGUCUAUGUCUUCUUAAUCGAAUCUCAAUUCCGUGUUUCUUUCUUUCUUUUGAGGAUUUUAAAUCGUGCUUGCUUAGUAAUCAAAUAUUGGUCCCCAAAGGAAGGUAUUUUGACUGACCGCAACCGCAUCAAUUACGGCCUUAUCUGCCCCAAUGAAAAGAUUUUCUGACUCACUGCAACCGCAAUUUAAAAUCAUGCUCAGAAUUGAAUUCAACCACGGGGGUGUUGGAAUUUCCGGUAUUAUAGGAGGGUUUUUAGAAUUUUCGAAUAUUCUCCACGAUAUGAUUUAUGUUUAUCACGUUAUAACUUUUGAUAUAUACUCUCUGCAAACAAGGUUUCAGAUUCCAAACGUACUUAUUCAUUCGCCAAUAACUUGUGCUUGAUAGAUUGGAGGAUAUUAUUCUUUGGGGUCUUAAUCCAGAGAAUUCGGUGUGUUAAGAUAGGUUUCAAUUUGCCAUCUCUGGUUGAACAUUUGAUUGGAUAUAAGACAAGAUUGAAAGAUGGUUUUGGAGUGCACAGUGUUAGAGGCAGUGACUUGUAUAAUUCUAUAAAGGGGCAUCUUGUGUUGCUAGCAGAAAUGUCUUGAAAGUUUCAAUCCCCUGUUAUUUUUUCAGAGGUGUUUCUCUUACCUCAACAAGUUCUGUAUUAUUUUUCCGUUUUGUGUUUUUGUUUUUGCUCUCAACUAGUAUACCCAAGGUUUAAAAUUGCAGUGGCAGUUGCGAUUUCAUCCUAGUUGUAAUUUUGUCGUAGUCCUUGAUAUUUCGGGAAAUUACGGACGAAUGUGGCUUUUGUGGCCACAAUUUUCGUUGCAGAUUGUCUAAAAACUUUGAUGUUGCGGCCGAAAUUGUGGCCCAGACCUUUUUUUUAAAACCUUGGUAAUACCAUUUAGUUUUAAAAAAUGCUUUCUGUCUUUGCAUUGUUUUCAUUUGGAUUUUUGUUUUUAAAAUAUGUGUAAAAAUCAGUGAAAAACAGAUAAUAAUAAAACCUUGUUUUUAAUUAAGGUGGUAUUUUUUAAAAAAUUAUAAGUGAAAAAAAUGAAAACAAAUAUUUGGCAGAAAUAUAUACCUCUCCUUCUUAAUCAUUAAUCGUACUUGCCAUUUAGUCACUUGCUGCAUUAUGGUGUGCUUGGAGAUUUUACUGUGUCCAUGUUUGAUGAUUUGGCAUUUCAUCUUCGCUGGCUAAUAAAUUGGAAUGUAUUCUUUCCUAGUUUUCAGGCUACUGUACAAUCCAUCAUUCUGCAAUUAAAAGGAAUAGGUACUUACUGUCUUAUUCCUCUGCUACUUGGGAAUGUCUACUGAAAGCAAUACUGAACCUCAACUUACUUAUGUCUUUGGAAAAGCAUCUUUUACAAUCCAUUUGUAACUUCUAUACAGCAAAUUGUAACUACUAAAUAUAACUGCAAUUUGCUGCAAUAUGUUAGCAAAUUCGAAGGUCACUUUAAAAAUAGGAACUAACUUGAAACCUUGCCUCCUCUCUGCUUGGACAUCAAAAACCAUGUAAUUGGUUUCACUAAUUUUAAGAUUGGAUUUUCACUUUUCCUUUUACUAUUUCAGUGAAUAUAGGCUUACCCAAUCUAUAUAGUCACAGAGAAUUUUAUAACCAAGUGAAUGUUCUUAUAUUUCUGUUUUCUGGAUCAGGGUGGGACUUGUUGCAAAUACUAAAUACUUUACUUCCCAAUUAGCUUAUUGACAGUGGGUUCUAUUGAAAGACUCUGAAGGGAAGUUUUUUCAACAGGUUCUUGAAGAAGAUGGAAGUUUGCGAGCCAGUCAAAUCUGAAAAUAGAUUAAAGCACCGCCCCUUGACCCCAUUUAGGUUGUUAAGGGGUCUGAUAUGUUUAGUGGUGUUUCUUUCUACAGCUCUUAUGUGUUUAGUCUAUUUUGUGCCAGUGGCAGUUGUAGGAUUGCGGCUUUUCAGCGUACGUUGUAGUAGGAAGACAGUGUCAUUCAUCUUUGGACUUUGGCUGUCUCUGUGGCCCUCACUAUUUGAAAAGAUUAACAAAACUAAAGUUGUGUUUUCGGGGGAUAGUGUUCCAAUGAAGGAACGUGUUUUACUUAUUGCUAAUCACAGAACUGAGGUUGAUUGGAUGUACUUGUGGGAUCUCGCACUUCGAAAGGGGAGGCUGGGAUGCAUAAAAUACAUCCUUAAGAGCAGCUUGAUGAAACUACCUAUCUUUGGUUGGGGAUUUCACAUUCUGGAGUUUAUUGCAGUGGAGAGGAAGUGGGAGAUAGAUGAGCAAAUAUUGCAACAAAAACUUUCAACCUUUAAGGACCCUCAAGAUCCCUUAUGGCUAGCUCUUUUUCCCGAAGGAACUGAUUAUACUGAUCAGAAGAGUAAAACUAGUAAAAAAUUUGCUGCUGAAGCUGGGCUCCCUGUGCUGACAAAUGUAUUACUUCCGAAAACAAAGGGGUUUCAUGCUUGCUUGGAAGCUCUGCGAGGCUCAUUGGAUGCAGUAUACGAUGUGACAAUUGCAUACAAGAAUCAGUGUCCUUCCUUUCUGGACAAUGUUUUUGGUGUUGACCCUUCAGAAGUGCACCUGCAUGUGCGGCGUAUUCCGGUGGAGGAGAUUCCAGCUUCUGAAACCAAAGCUGCUUCUUGGUUAAUCGACACAUUCCAGAUCAAGGACCAAUUGCUUUCGGAUUUCAAGAUUCAAGGCCAUUUCCCUAACCAACUAAAUGAAAAUGAAAUUUCUAGAUUUAAGAGCCUACUCUCUUUUAUGGUGAUAGUUUCUUUUACUGCCAUGUUUAUUUAUUUUACAUUUUUUUCUGUCAUUUGGUUCAAACUGUAUGUAGGUCUAUCUUGUGCAUAUCUUACUCUUGCAACCCGCUUCAAUUUUCAAUUGAUGCCUUUAAGUAGCUAUGUCCAUGCACUCCAUAACAGCAAGAAUCAAAAGAGUGAAUAGUGUUCUCAAUGUAUGAUCUUGGUCUUGAACUUGAUAUUGAAGUGUGAAUUAUUUGUUGCUGUUUUUACCCC